AUGGCGUCCUUCACCUCGAUCGUCGAGACUCUCAUGACGCCGUCCCUCCCCGUCAUCCUGUUCGGCAUCCUCCUCGUCCUCGGCGCGCCGAUCCUCCUGCACGUCCUCCUCUCCUCGUCGGCGACCUACACGACGCCCCCGCUCGUCCUCCUCCUCGGGCCUCCGCAGGCGGGAAAGACGGCGCUGCUGACGCUCCUCGAGCGCGGUACCGUGCCGGCCAAGACGCACACGUCCCAGACGACGCAGUCGGUCGAGCUCAACGCCUCCCUCGACUCGGCCUCGAGCCGGUCGUUCCGCAACCACGAGGACGCGUCGGGGACGCAUACCAAGUUCCUCCUCGUCGACACCCCCGGCCACGGCAAGCUGCGCAACGUCGCCGCGGCGAAGCUCGGCCGGGCCGAGAAGCUCAAGGCCGUCGUCUUCGUCGUCGACGCCGCCGCCCUCGGCGAGCCGGAGACGCUGGCGGCGACGGCCUCGUACCUCUACGACGUGCUGCUGCACCUCCAGAGGCGGGCCGGCGCCAAGGCCAAGGGGAAGGAGCAGGCGGCGAUGCCGGUGCUCGUGGCCGCCAACAAGAUGGAUCUCUUCACGGCCCUGCCGGCGACCAUGGUCAAGUCGCAGCUGGAGACGGAGCUCGGCCGGAUCCGCGUCUCCCGGAGCAAGGGCCUGCUCGACUCGGGCGUCGGCAUCGACGAGAUCGGCUCGGAGGAGCAGGAUGCUUGGCUCGGCGAGUACGGGUCGGACAAGUUUUCCUUUGAACAGAUGCGCGAGUUUGACAUGGACGUCGACGUCUUGGGGGGCAGCGUCACGGCGCCCGAGGCCGACGUCGACAAAUGGUGGUGGUGGAUGGCCCAGAGGGUGUGA